AUGGGGAACUUUAAAAUGCUUCCAGGAGAUAUCGUCUUCAACAUCUUAACACGUUUGCCAACAGAAACAGCUGUGGACUGUAAAUUAGUCUCCAAAUCAUGGAAUAAGGUAAUCAGUCAUCGAUUGUUUCCUCAAUCUCACUUGAAUCGCCUCCUUAACAAUCUUGAUUCUGCUGGUAGUUCUGGUGGUAAGUUUACUUUGCUUACUGCGAAUGACAAUCCAAUCUAUGCGUACAGACUUUUUCAUUUCUUAGAAUUUUAUGAUAAGAAAUUUUCUUUAGAGGAUCAACCAUUUCAUAGAGUUACAAGAAUGAAACUAAACCCUGCUCCGUUUAAGUUCUAUUAUUUUUGUGGUUCUUCUAAUGGCUUAGUUUGUCUGAAUGGAUGCUAUGAUAAUGAGUGGGUCAAUUAUGAGCCAGUUUAUAUAUGUAAUCCCAUCACCAGGGAAUUUGUGUAUCUCCCAGCAUUUACGAGAAAACCUGGUCGUAGUGAACGAUUGGUGACUGGAUUUGGUUAUGUUUCUAAGACGAAUGAGUACAAGGUUGUGAGAAUGUAUAACCUGGAGAAAGAUCCCACUUCUUUACGCGUUGAGGUGUACACACUCGGAAGUGGUAAGGGAUGGAGGAACAUAGGGAAGAAAUUCAACAAAGAGCUGCAGAUGUUUAUUGGUAAUCAUGGUGUGCUUCUGAAUGGGUCUCUUUAUUGGGUGCUACAAGAUGGCAAAAUUGCGGUUUUUGAUUUGGCUAGUGAAACUUUUUCCGAAUUACCUGAAGGUUUUCCUAAAUCUUGGAAUAUGAGACUUUGGGUUUUGGGGGAUUAUUUGGCGGCUACACAUCGUGAUAAAGUUUCCAAGACCUUUGAGAUAUUUCUACUGAAGGAGAAUAAGAAGAAGAAGAACAAGAACAAGAAGAAGAAGGAAGAUGGGCCAUCAUUGACUUGGAUUAAAGAAUUCAGUUUAAACAAUGUGGAUACAUAUGAUUAUCUUGUCCUCACGGGUAGGGGCACAGUUCUGUGUCGCUCAAAGACACAGGUCCAAAUGUAUGACCUAAAUUCCUCAUCUUCAAAACUGCUUGUGGAUUUUGGCAGGGAUAAAGGAAUAUUUGAAGCAAUCCCACAUAUGCACACCUUGGUUUCAUUAAAAGCAUUAGGAGAAAAAAAAAACAAAAACAAUGGAAACGGUUGA